CCAUAAAACAGACUGAUCCACUCCGCGCCACACGAUUGGCGAGCGAGCGAACCAGCGAUGCGCGCGGGCGGCGGCGCGAGCCCAGGACCCGCGCCACUCUCCACAUUACUAGUGCCUGCCGCCUCCUCCGCCACCGUCGCCAUGCCCCCGCCCCGCCUCUCCCACCUCCGCCGCCUCCUGCUCCCGCUACGCUCGGCCCCUCCCCGCCCGCUCUCCUCCAACCCCAGCCGCCCCCUCCCCCUCCUCCGCCCGCCCCUCAGCCCCUCCCUCCUCCUCCUCCCCCGCGCCAUGGCCGGCACCGCGCACGCAGGUGUGGUGACGGGAUCGGCGGAGUACGAGGAGGUGCUCGGGUGCCUCGCGUCACUGAUCACGCAGAAGGUUCGCGCGGGCACCGGCAACCGCGGCAACCGGUGGGAGCUCAUGGCCAAGUACGUGCAGAUACUGGAGCUGGAGGAGUCGAUCGAGCAGUUGAAGGUGGUGCACGUUGCCGGGACAAAAGGGAAGGGUUCGACAUGCACAUUUUCUGAGUCAAUCCUUCGAUCAUGUGGAUUCCGCACUGGAUUGUUCACCUCACCACACUUGAUGGAUGUCCGCGAGCGAUUUCGGCUUGAUGGGCUGGACAUUUCGGAAGAAAAGUUUAUAAGGUACUUCUGGUGGUGCUGGAACAAGCUGAAGGACAAGACUAGCAAUGAUAUUCCAAUGCCAGCCUACUUUCGGUUCCUUGCACUGCUAGCAUUCAAGAUCUUUUCUGAUGAACAGGUGGAUGUAGCUCUGCUCGAGGUUGGUUUGGGAGGGAAAUAUGAUGCAACAAAUGUGGUCAGAGCACCUGUUGUUUGUGGAAUAUCAUCCCUUGGAUACGAUCAUAUGGAAAUUCUUGGAAAUACACUUGGAGAAAUUGCUGGAGAGAAGGCCGGAAUACUUAAGAAAGGAGUUCCGGCCUAUACAGUUCCACAGCCAGAAGAGGCAAUGUCUGUACUGAUGCACCGAGCGUCUGAAUUGGGUGUUUCUCUCCGAGUAGUCCAGCCUUUGGAUCCUCAGAAAUUAGAAGAUCAACCUCUUGGACUGCAUGGUGAGCACCAAUACAUGAAUGCAGGCCUUGCAGUUGCGUUGGCUAAUACCUGGCUUGAGAGGCAAGGAUAUUUGGACCGAAUACAUGGCAAACAUUCUGGUACCUUGCCAGAUCAGUUCAUCGAAGGGCUGUCAAGUGCUUGUUUGCAAGGCCGAGCACAGAUUAUUCCAGAUCCACAAUUGAACUCAGAACAUGAUAAGCAUAGAAAUUCUUCAUUGGUUUUCUAUUUGGAUGGGGCACAUAGCCCAGAAAGCAUGGAAAUAUGUGCAAGGUGGUUUUCCCAUGUUACGAAUAGCGAUGGAGUGAAAGAAGUUUCUUCGGAGCAACCUCAUAGUGGCAAUAAUUCUAAAAAGAUUCUUCUGUUCAAUUGCAUGACUGUAAGAGAUCCUCAGAGAUUACUUCCACGUCUUCUAGACACAUGUGCUCAAAACGGGCUCCACUUUGAGCAGGCCUUAUUUGUGCCAAACCAAUCACAGUACAACAAGCUUGGUUCCCUUGCAUCACCACCUUCAGAGCGUGAGCAAAUUGAUUUGUCAUGGCAGUUGUCACUCCAAAGGGUGUGGGAAAGCCUGCCUCAUAGCAAUAAAGGUCUAAAUGGUGCAAACUCAAUUAGGACUAGCUCAGUUUUUGAGUCUCUUCCACUGGCAAUCAAGUGUCUAAGGGAAACUGCUCAACAAAACCCAUCGACUCAAUUUCAGGUCUUAGUUACUGGAUCCCUGCACCUCGUUGGUGAUGUCUUGAGAUUGCUCAGGAAGUAACUUCAUUUGGAACGGCACAUGGUUCAGAUUGAAGUGGCUGCUUACAGAAUCAUUAACUGGAGCCUAUUUUGAUUUAGGAUACACAAUAUAUGACCUGGUUGGAAAAAUGGAAGAAAUUGAAAGGCGUUUUGAUUCUGAUGCCAAGCAACUGUAAACUUGUUCUAUUUCUUCAGUUUUUUUUCUUCUUUUUUUGGGCAAUGUGUGCCACUGCAGCCUAAGUCCAGAAGAAUGCAACCCAAUUUUGAAAUGUACAAUCAGUGAAUAAUAUCAUAUCAGGCAUAUCAUUAAUAUAUACUUGUCUGGAAAAGUAAUGUUUUCUACA